AUGUCGCUGAUGAAACACGUUAGUCGUGAUACAAAUUCUUCACUGUUGGCUGUGAUACAGGUUUGCAGCAUGGCUGGAGGGGCUGGCCUUACUGUCUUUGAGGAGGAUUUGGUCAUUGCUGGUGGUCUAGUAAUGUUCUUGAUUGGGGUCAGGGUAGUGGUGGAUGGUACCUGGGGUAUUUGGGGUUUGUGGAACAAAUGCCAAGGAACCUGUGGUCAGCAAGGUUUUCGAGUAAGACAUCGGACUUGUAACAACCCUAAACCACAACACAAUGGAUACCAUUGUUCUGGGAACAACAGAGAAGAGGAAUCCUGCUUAGUAUUUGGUUGUGAUAUUGCAACAGCUCGUACUUCUUCAGAUCCAGGAAGAGCAUCUGCUGCUACAAGGGUAGAGAUAUUCCACAAGAAGUAUCCAGAGCUGAAAACAGAGUGCUUUUAUAGACAUUGUAUGCUUUCUUUUGUAAAAGGAAUAAUCACAGAGGAGAAAGAAGCUAACAAGUAUUGGUCUUGCUUGACCUGCACAAAAUAUGGAAAAGGCUGUCCUGUUUCUGGAGGAUAUUCUGAUUGGGAAACAUGGGGUGCAUGUUCCAGUGAGUGUGGGAAAGGUCAGCAGUUUCGAAUGAGAAUUUGUGAUAAUCCACCACCUAACUCUGAGGAUAUUGGAUGCACUGGUCCAACACAUGAAGUUAAAGAUUGCUUAGAUGCAGAAUGCUCAGAUGAAAUUCCUACUGAAAGGGUGUUGAUGACAAGCUGGAGUGAAUGGUCGGCUUGUUCUGUUACAUGUGGAGAGUAUGGAACACAAGAGAGUAUACGUACUCGUAUUGGUCAGCCUGGUGCCUAUAAUGUUUCAAAAGAACUAAAGUGGACAAAACCAUGCUUUCUUGGAAGAUGUACUGAAGAUGGAGGCUGGAGUGAAUGGUCAAAUUGGACAGAAUGUACGGCAUUAUGUGGAAAGGGUAAUCAAGUUCGUCUGCGGCUUUGUAACAACUCAAAACCUGAAGAUGAUGCCACAUGUGAAGGGAAUGAAACAAUAAGCCAGAAGUGUGAGAUUGUUAUGGAGAACUGCAAAGAUAAAA